AUGGCCGGCCGCUAUGAGGACGACCACACGGGCUACGACGACGCUCACUACGGCCAGAACCAACACGAGUCUCACUAUGGCCAGAACCAACAAGAUCAAGCGGGUAAUCCUUACUGGGAUGAAAAUUACCAAGAAGGUGACCACCGGGGAGCCUACUCCGUCGCUUCGUACGACGCACCUGCUUCUGCAGAAGAGUACGAUGUGUAUAACGAACAUUAUGGAUCGGAUCAGGCGCGCUUCGACGAAUUCGACGGCAUGCACGACGAUGGUGAUGCAAACGGCUAUGCUCACGGUUAUUCUCCAUCCGUCCGCACGUCGAAUGUAUCGUCAAAUCCCACGAUGGACUACACCAACACUUUCCCCGCCGGUACUAGCACGAAGGAACCCUACCCGGCCUGGGCUUCGGAUGGCAACGUGCCCAUUUCGAAAGAAGAAAUCGAGGACAUCUUUCUCGAUUUGACCGCCAAGUUCGGCUUCCAACGGGACAGUAUGCGGAACAUGUACGACCAUCUAAUGACUCUGCUCGACUCAAGAGCCUCUCGAAAGACACCCAUCCAGGCUCUCAUCUCCUUGCACGCCGACUACAUUGGCGGGGAAAACGCCAACUAUCGCAAAUGGUACUUCGCUUCUGGCAUGGACCUCGACGGCAAGAAAACGGCGUCCGGAAAGAAAGCACGAUCUAAGUCGAAGAAGAAGGGCCAGAGUGCCGAAGCAAGCGAGCCGGACGCUUCACAGGUACUUGAAGAAGACGAUACGCCUGAAGCACGCGAGGAGCGCUGGAGGGCUCAGAUGAGAGUCAUGUCACCACACGACCGCGCCCGCCAACUUGCCCUGUACCUCCUUUGCUGGGGAGAGGCGAAUCAAGUUCGAUUCAUGCCCGAGUGCCUCUGCUUCAUUUUCAAAUGUGCGGACGAUUACUACAAAUCCCUGCCGCCAGAAGUGGGAGACGCCAUGGAGGAGUUCUCGUUCCUCGACCACGUCAUCACUCCGCUGUACCAGUUCCUCCGGGAGCAGGGCUACGAAAUCCGAGACGGCAUCUACGUGCGGCGAGAGCGAGAUCAUGACAAGACGAUCGGCUACGAUGAUUGCAAUCAACUGUUUUGGUACCCCGAAGGCAUGCAGCGCAUUGUGCUGUUGUCGGACAAGAAAGCACGCCUGAUGGACUUUCCGCCUGCGGAACGCUACCUCAAGUUCAAAGACUUGGAUUGGAAGAAGAGUUUCUUCAAGACUUACAAGGAAUCAAGAUCGUGGUCCCAUAUGGUCGUCAACUUCAACCGCAUCUGGAUUCUCCACCUCACCAUGUUCUGGUUUUACACAACGGCCAACAUUCCAAGCUUGCUUGUCGGAUCAAAGUACGAACAGCAGGUCAACCAAUCUCCUUCCAAGGCCAAAUCAAGUUCCAUUAUUGGGCUCGGCGGCGCCAUUGCGACUCUCAUUCAGAUCUUUGCCACUGUCAUCGAAUGGGCAUAUGUCCCCCGCCGCUGGCCUGGAGCCCAGAAACUAAGCGUCCGGCUUCUCAUGCUGAUAGGCCUUCUUAUUGGGAACGUUGCUCCAGCGGUCAAGAUCUUCUUUUUCCCAGGCCCCAAGAAGCUGGAUUAUUACCUGGGCAUGGGUCACGUCACCACCGCUCUACAAACCUUCCUACUUUUUGUCCUCGUGCCUUCAAGCAAGCUGUUCACCAACCCGUUCAAGAAGUCUACAGGCCCCAAGACGGCCGUGGAGACGUUCACCGCAGCCUAUCCAAGUCUCCACGGAAAUAAUGUCAUCUUCUCCUACCUGUUCUGGGCUAUUGUUUUCGGGGCAAAAUUCGGAGAGUCGUAUGUAUUCCUCACCUUGUCCUUUCGCGAUCCGAUCCGGUAUCUUUCCAUCAUGAACGUCGACAGUUGCCAAGGCGACAAACUCAUCGGAAAGGUUCUUUGCCGUUAUCAGCCUCAGAUACUACUUGGCAUGAUGACGUUCACGGACCUCAUCUUCUUCUUCCUGGACACCUAUCUUUGGUAUGUUCUUGUCAAUACAGUCUUUUCCGUCCUGCGAUCCUUCUUUGUCGGAUCAACAAUCUGGACUCCCUGGCGGAACGUGUUCAUCCGCCUACCGAAGCGAGUUUAUUCCAAGCUUCUUGCAACGACGGACAUGGACAUCAAAUACAAGCCAAAGGUCCUCAUUUCCCAAGUUUGGAACGCAAUCGUUAUAUCCAUGUAUCGGGAGCAUCUUUUGGGGAUCGAGCAUGUUCAAAAGCUGCUAUACCAUCAGGUUCCUUCUGAGACGUAUGGCAAGAGAACCUUGCGCGCGCCGACUUUCUUCGUCUCGCAGGGCGACAAUUGGCUCAGGACCGAUUUCUAUCCCAAAUAUAGCGAGGCUGAGCGUCGCAUUUCCUUCUUCGCUCAGUCACUCUCGACCCCCGUGCCGGAGCCAAUGCCCGUCGAUAAUAUGCCUACUUUCACUGUCCUCAUACCUCACUACAGCGAAAAGGUCCUUUUCUCACUCCGCGAAAUCAUUCGCGAGGAUGACCACUACUCCCGACUGACCAUGCUCGACUACCUCAAGCAGCUACAUCCUCACGAAUGGAAAUGCUUUGUGGAAGAUACCAAGGCCUUGGCGAACGAAUCACCAUCACCGGAGAACUCGGAAUCGAGCGGGAAUGAGGCCCGGGAUAAGAUUGACGACAUUCCAUUCUACUUCCUCGGAUUCAAGUCAUCGGCGCCAGAAUACACACUCAGGACUCGCAUCUGGGCCUCUUUGCGAUCGCAAACCCUGUAUCGCACUGUUUCUGGAUUCAUGAAUUAUUCUCGAGCUCUCAAGCUUCUGUACCGCGUUGAGAACCCUGAGAUCGCCCAGCUCUUCAGGGACCAUCCAGAUGCAUUGGAACGUCAGUUGGAACGCAUGGCGAGGAGGAAGUUUCGCCUGGUCAUCGCCAUGCAGAGGUACGCCAAAUUCAGCCGCGAGGAGAUGGAAAAUACCGAAUUCCUCCUCCGCGCGUAUCCGGAUCUACAGAUUGCAUACCUGGACGAAGACCCGCCUGAAACUGAGGGCGGCGAAGCCCAUAUUCAUUCAUGCCUUAUUGACGGGCACUCGGAGAUUCUCGAAAAUGGCUUCAGGCGUCCCAAGUUCCGCAUUCGACUUUCCGGAAAUCCUAUUCUCGGCGAUGGAAAAUCAGACAACCAGAACCAUGCACUUAUUUUUUAUCGCGGAGAGUACAUCCAACUAGUCGACGCAAACCAGGACAACUAUCUAGAAGAGUGCCUCAAAAUCCGGUCCGUCCUCGCAGAGUUUGAGGAGACAAAGCCUGAAGCUACCAACCCGUACGAUGUCAUUCCCGACAGCAAGGCAAAACCAUCAGAACCAGUGGCGAUUCUGGGCGCCCGCGAGUACAUCUUUUCAGAGAAUACAGGCGUGCUCGGCGAUAUUGCUGCUGGCAAGGAACAAACAUUCGGCACAUUAUUUGCGCGCACUCUCGCUCAGCUCGGCGGCAAACUGCAUUACGGUCAUCCAGAUUUUCUAAACGGCAUCUUUAUGACAACUCGCGGCGGCGUUUCCAAAGCCCAAAAGGGUCUUCAUUUGAAUGAAGAUAUCUUUGCCGGAAUGAACGCCAUCAUGAGGGGCGGGCGGAUCAAGCAUUGCGAGUAUUAUCAAUGCGGAAAGGGACGAGAUCUCGGAUUCGGCUCCAUCUUGAACUUCAUCACUAAGAUCGGAACCGGCAUGGGCGAGCAAAUGCUCUCCAGAGAGUAUUAUUAUAUCGGUACCCAGAUGCACCUGGACCGGUUUCUAUCCUUCUUCUAUGCGCACCCGGGCUUUCAUCUCAACAACAUUUUCAUCAUGCUCUCGGUGCAGCUUUUCCUGGUCACUUUGUUGAAUCUCGGAGCGUUGAAGCAUGAAACAAUUCCAUGCCACUACAAUCGGCACGUCCCCAUCACGGAUCCUUUGUACCCAACUGGAUGUGCAAAUACGGAUGCCUUGGAAGACUGGGUAUACCGCUGCGUUAUCUCGAUUGUCUUUGUUUUCAUCAUGUCAUUCAUCCCCCUCACGGUUCAAGACUUGCUCGAGCGUGAUCCCUGGAUGGCUUUCCUUCGCCUUGCCAAACAUGUCUUGUCCUUUUCGCCUUUUUUUGAGGUAUUUGUCUGCCAAGUAUACUCCAAUUCUGUGCAGUCAAAUCUUUCAUUAGGCGGCGCCAGGUAUAUCGGAACUGGGCGAGGCUUUGCUACGGCUCGCGUUCCAUUUGGAGUGCUCUAUGGGCGGUUCGCCGGGCCUUCCAUCUAUUUCGGUGCUCGGCUACUUCUCAUUCUGCUAUUCGCGACCUGUACGAUUUGGCAAGGCGUUUUGGUGUGGUUCUGGAUCACGGUGUUGGGCCUGACGUUUUCGCCCUUUCUCUACAAUCCACACCAGUUCGCAUGGGCAGACUUCUUUAUCGACUAUCGCGAUUUCAUGCGGUGGCUUUUCCGCGGCCAUUCUCGAGCUCACGCGUCCUCCUGGAUUGCAUACUGCCGCCUGUCUCGAGUCCGGACUACGGGGUACAAGCGCAAGAACAUUGGAGAUCCCUCCGAGCAAAUGCGAGGAGACGUACCUCGCGCGCCGCUACAAAAUAUCUUCUUCAGUGAGAUCUUUGGGCCUUUGUUUUUGGUUGUUGCGUGCUUGGUCCCUUAUCUUUUCAUCAAUGCGCAGACCGGUGUUCUCUCGGAAAAUAACAACAACCAAACGAUUAGGGCGACAGAUUCCCUCAUUCGAGUCUUGGUGGUGACGGUUGCGCCGAUUGCGAUUAACAUGGGAGCGUUGGCAACCAUUUUCGGCAUGUCAUGUCUCAUGGGACCUGUCCUGGGUCUCUGCUGCAAGAGAUUUGGUCGUGUACUUGCCGGGGCUGGCCAUAUUAUUGCGAUUAUCUCGCUGAUUGUCUCUUUCGAGGCCAUGUUUCUGCUUGAGAAUUUCAAUUUCUCAAGAUGCAUGACAGGCACCAUCGCGGCGGCUGCCUUGCACACGUUCAUCAUUAAGUUAAUCACGACACUGGCUCUUACAAGGGAGAUGAAGACAUCUCAGGCCAGCAGAGCGUUCUGGACCGGGCAGUGGUAUUCCCUUGGUCGGUAUACAGUCACUCAGCCGGCUCGGGAGUUCCUGUGCAAGCUCACAGAGAUGAGCAUGUUUGCUGCAGACUUUUUGCUGGGGCAUUUCAUCUUGUUUCUGAUGUUCCCAAUUAUUAUGAUUCCUCGCAUUGACAUGUUGCACUCGAUGAUGUUGUUUUGGCUACAACCGAGUCGACACGUUCGUGGACCAGUGUAUUCGACGAAGCAGUCCAAGCUGAGGCAGCGUCGCAUUAUCCGCUGGACAAUCAUCUAUUUCGUCAUGUUGGUUCUUUUCCUAGGAUUGAUUAUCGCACCUGCGUUGGCGGGCAAGUACCUGCCUUCAAGUGUCAUGACCAUUUUUGAGGACUUGGCCGGACUCCACCUCUUGCAACCCAAGGGUCAGGAUAGAAACAACACCAAUGGCACUCAGGCGACGGGAACGGGUAUGCCUGGAUAUACUGGUGCUGGUUUUGUGUCGUCUACUGCGAGUGGUGGCUCAGCAGCUACGGCAAGUGGCAAAAUCCGGCUGUUUUAGGAGCGUUUUCAGUUGGUGGAAUAUCGG